GAAAGAAAAAAAAAGUUCCUUUGGCACACAAUAUAGUAUCAUUUGAAUGUCUAAACUUUUCUUUUCUCAAACUUCCUCUCACGUCGGCCACCAAUUCAAUCCCGUUGCCACUUAGCUGGCUGUACCUUGUGUGGUCCCAAGAAACCUAUCCAUGUCGGCAGCUGUCCCCAGACCUUGGCGAUAAGAUAGCGACGACGUAACGCAUUUCCAGUCUGAGCUUAGCCAGAAACGAACGACCAUCACCAUCAUCAAAUCGCUCGUCUCUCCACCACGCCGACGCGCCGCCGCGCACCACUUUCAAGAUGUCGAGGGUAAUGAGGAGUGUCAAGAAUGUGACCAAGGGGUACUCAAAUGUGCAGGUCAAAGUGCGCGAGGCAACCAGCAACGACCCAUGGGGGCCGACGGGGACGCAGAUGAGCGAGAUUGCUCAACUGACAUUUAAUUCGUCAACCGAGUUCUACGAAAUUAUGGACAUGAUAGAUAAACGCCUCAACGAUAAGGGCAAGAACUGGCGCCAUGUUUUGAAGGCUCUCAAGGUCCUGGACUAUUGUCUCCACGAGGGAUCGGAGCUGGUGGUCACCUGGGGCAAACAGAACAUCUACAUCAUCAGGACGCUGCGCGAGUUUCAAUACAUUGACGAGGACGGUAGAGACGUGGGACAAAAUGUUCGAGUUGCCGCCAAAGAGCUCACUUCCUUGCUCAAUGAUGAGGAGAGACUUCGGGCCGAGCGCAGUGACAGAAGGUCAUGGAAGUCACGCGUCACUGGAUUGGAGGAGUAUGGCCCGCAUCAGCACCCAGACCACCACGGUGGGCCUUCAGGGCGAGGCGGUCACCGCGAGCGCCCGCGCCACAUGAACGAAGAAGACGACACCGAGUACAGACUCGCGAUCGAAGCCAGCAAGCACCAGGAGGAGGAGGACCGAAGGAAACGAGAAGGUAGGCAGGGCCACGAGUCGGACGACGACGACCUUGCCAAAGCCAUCAAGCUCAGUAAAGAAGAGGAAGAGCGCCGCCGAAGGGAGCUCGAGGUAUCUGCGAACAACAACUCGUCCAUCUUUGAUGAGGAUCUUAUUCAGGUCAACCAGCAGCCACAGCCGACGGGAUUGAACCAAGGCUACACGCAGGGAAAUGCAGUCGAUUUCUUUGCGAACCCCAUCGACCAGAACCAGAUGCAGACCCAGCCGACAGGAUUCAUGAACAAUGCAUACACGGGAUUCCAACCCCAGCAGACUGGAUUUCCGAAUGGAUACUCUAACCAAGGUUUCGACCCAUAUGGUCAGCAGAAUAUGCAACAGCAGAAUUUGCAGCCAUUCCAAGCUCAGCCCACAGGCUACAACCCAUAUGCCCAGCAACAGCAGCAGCAGCAGCCGCCGCCGAUGCCGAUGCAGCAGCCAGAACCUACUCUCCAAGCCGGAAGCAACAACCCUUGGGCUACGAACAACAAGCCUGCUCAACAGCAGGUUCCCAUGCAGACUGGGUCCAACAACCCAUUCGCAGCAAAGCCUUCACCCUUCAAGGCAAACUCCAUGUCGACAAUGUCAACACUUAGCAGCUUGCCUGAGCAAAAGACUCUUUCUUCCUUUAACAACACCAACCAAGCAUCGCCGUUCCAAAUGCAACAGCAGAACUCUUUCUCUCAGUCCUCAUCAUUCCCAGCCUCGUCGCAGCAGCAGACACCACAAAAGGAACUCAGCGAACAUGAGGCACGGUUGAACCAACUCCUAGCUAAUGGCGACGGCAUGGACACUUUUGGAAACGUGGGGCAGACUCGAAUCCCAGCUCAGCACACCGCGCCUGGCACUUUUGUCAACAGUGCAGGCAUAGGCGCUGCUCGACUCACAGCAGAUGCCACAGGCAACAACCCCUUCCUGCGUACCCAAUACACGGGAAUGCCAAACAUCACAUACGGAGGUCAGCAGCAGCAACAACCGCAAAUGCCUGCCGCAACCGGCCCAGCAGGCAUGGGCAUGGGUGCGAAUGGCUUUGGUGGUAUGGGGCAACAAAGCGCGAACAACCCGUUUGCACCAAGGUCACAGCAGCAGAAUGGACAGGGUGAUUUGAUCCAAUUUUAAGUCAAAAAAAGUUUUCAAGGGGGACCAGAUAGCCAUGUCGUUUUUGGCUUUGGUGUGAGUAGGAAGUUUGUCAAAUUUGGGCCAUUGCGGUCAUUCUCGUUGUUCUCUGGCGCGGAAGGAUGCGAUACGUGCGCUCUUGUGUAUCUACUGCUUUCUCUUCUUGCACAAGAGAGUCACCGGUAUCUCUCGCCUCGCCGACAACCUACCUUCACUCAGUAGCCCUGGUUGGGGUUUGCUAAUUCGGUUGGCGUGAGCGCACUUGUUGAACAGGUACAUUUUUUUUUCUCUUUCACUCAUGACGUAGCUAGCCUUUGAUCGAAUAAAUCCCCUAAAUCUUUUCCUCAGUUCUCUUGAUCGGAAACUAAGCAAAUAAAAGAAGUGUAUAUAGAAUGAGGCAGGUGAACAAUGGCUAGUGUAAAUAAUCAAAGA